UGAGCUAACUGAUAGGCAAAUGUCACGUUAUGUACAGAUCAAGUCGUUUCAAAGAACAAUAACAGCCUCUUUUGUUCUAGUCCAGCAUGACUGUACUGAUACUGUAUCUACACUAACUGGGAGCUUCCUUGGAGCAAACGACGUAAUCAUCAACACAAGACUGCAGACAUGAACUUGUUUUGUUGGGUCAGCUUGCUGAGCUCCCUUUGUAUCCACUUGAGCUGUGGACUAGUUUUACCAGUUGAAUCUAAGUUACAAAAACGUCUUAUAAAUGGCCGAGAGGCCCAACUGUAUGAGCAUCCAUAUCAGGCUGCAGUAGUAUCAAACACCAAAGAUUUUUUCUUAAUAUGUAAUGGCGUCUUAAUCUCCCCAAAUCAGUUCAUGACGUUGUCCUUCUGCGUGGUGCACGAUACUGCCAGCCAGCUGAAGGUGAUACUCGGUUGGGACAGCGUGAACGGACCUGCCAACGCUUUCCAGCAAACUCUUCGCGUCACGAGAAACAAACUGCCCAAUAAGAACGAAAUAAAGGACGGUAUUGCCGUGCUCACUCUGGCCACUAACGUCAGACUUAAUAAAAAUAUUCAGAUUCCUAGAGUAGACACUUGGUCAAGUUAUAUCAAUACCAGUUGUGUAACUAUUGGCUUGGGUCAAACCAAUGCGGAUGAUCCACAAAUGCUUUCAACACUCCAAACGGCCUCUUUAUAUGUCAUCUCCAAAGAAGAGUGUAUCAGUAGGUGGCCUGAGGAAGCGUAUUACCUGAGAAACCCAAGGUACAUUUGUGCCUAUGAUAGAUUGGGUAGACCAGGAGGUCAGAACGCUGUCUGUGCGAAUGACGAGGGCGCCCCCUUGUUGUGUGGACAACAAAAAAACGUUCUCAUCGGACUCUUACUACUCCAACCACAAAAUUGUGAUGGUGAUCAACUCAGCAUCUACUUAAGUAUGCAUGAUUACAAAAAGUGGCUCUAAAAGAGAUGGACAGCUUGUAUCUCCAGAUUUUGUUGCUCAAUGUGCAUCGCAUACAAAAUGAAAGAAAAUCCUU